GUAGUUGUCAUUUUUUUAAUUAAUUAAUGUAGUUAGUCUUAUAUUUAAAAUGAAUCAUGUUUACAAAGUACCUGUAAUCCCUCAAAACUUGAAUAAACAGGAAACAAUCGUUCAGGUAGCUGAAGUAUUAAAUCAUUUAACUAACGUAACAGAUGACAUAUUAAAACAUAUUAAUAACAGAAUUGAAUCUAGUAGCAAAAAGCUAUCAAACAUAUCCGAAAGAGUCGAUAAAGUGAAAAUGAAAAUAAACAAAUUAAAUGGUGCGAAGAAAGCAACUCAAGUAUUUUCAAGUUGUAAAUACCCAGCGUCUGAUACAAAUCAGCCCUAUAUUUCAAUAUUUAGUGACGUUAAGCCUCCUGAAUUAACAAGGCAUAAAGUGAAACAGAAAAAAGUUGUAUUUAACGAUGAACAUGUAGAUAAGCUGUAUAUCUACCACGUGAAACUAAAAAAAAAUGAGAAUAAAGAGACCUUUGGAGGUUUAGGGGAAAUCCCCAAAGAUUCCGAAUGUGUGAAUGAUUUAUUACUUUACAAUUCCGGAAAAAACCUAUACACGAACUUUGUCAUGUCCGACCCAUUGGAAAACUCUCAGCAAAUCAAAGAACAAGAACAUAAUGACAGUUCAAGUAUAGGAGCAGCCCCUUACUCUAUCAGCGAAAGGUCCACCCUGACUCGCUCAUCCACCCAGAAUUACUUCUACACCCCCAAUUUGGGGGAAGUACCAGCUCUCGAUGUCCCAUUAGAUCUGCCUGAUUUACCCAACAUUGCUGACGACCUGAGAUACGACACUGAACUCGGCCCAGGGAUCGCCCCCUCAGUAACCACGACUCCAAAUAUUCCCGAUUUGCCAGUAAUUGAGCAGGCCAACACCCAACUGAAGGAAGAUUCCCCCGAAGUGGAACUUCCACCACCCCCUCCGCCCUCAAUACCCAUCGAGAAAAUUGAACAAAGAAUUCCUGACAAGGUCGAGACACCUAAACCGCCAACUCCGCCCCCUGAACAGCUUGAAGAACCUCCGAAAAUAACCGAAUUACCGCAGCUGGAUGUGCGUGCAAGUCUGAUGGAAGCUAUCAGAAAAGCAGGAGGGGCGAAAAACUUGAAAUCAACAAGUACGGAGCGGAGCCACACAACGGCAAAACCCGUGAGUGGAGGCGACCUGAUGGCCGAUUUACAUGCGAAGUUAUCAAUGCGUAGGAAAGGCAUCUCAGGCACUAAAAAACAAGAGACUGUGGAUGCGAGUAGUGCUUUGGAAAAAAUUUCAGCUAUGAUUCCGCCUCCCAUUCGAACUGAGAGCAACGAGAAUAAUGCUGAAGAUGAAGACUGGGAUGAUUAGUUCAUUUAAUAUUAAUGGAUUAAUAUAUAUUUUAUAUCAACACAGUUUUUGUUAUCAAUAAAUAUUAUCAUGUUUCA